AUGCUUCCAAGAAGUUAUUUCAAAAAGAUGAAAAAGAUGUUUAAAUUGUUAUUAGAAUAUUCAGUAUUUGCUAAGAAUGAAAAUGUCAAAAUUGCACUCAAUUUGGUUGAUAGAUAUAAAAGAAAAGCCAAACCAAUUUUGAAAAAAAUAGAAAAAACAUUUAAAAUUACGGGUAACGACAAUGAGUUUGAAAUCAAAAAAUUCGAAAUUGAAGCUAGACAUGAUGGAAAAAAUCUUAUGUAUUAUUUGAAGAAAAAGGAAGGUGUUACUACCCAAAGAACUCCAGCUCAAGUACCACAAGAAGGUGCAACACAACAAAGAAGACGAGCAGAUCAACCAUUAAGACAAGAACAAAUUCAACAACAAAGGGAAGUGUUUGGUCUUGAAGGAAGAAGAGAUGAAAGAGCACAACCUAAUGUAUAUGAACAAAUUCCAACUCCACCAACACAACAAAUGGAACAAAUGAACAUAGGAGGUGAAAGACAACAAAGAGAAGUUGAACACAGACAGCUUCCACAAGUUCCAAGAUCAAGAACGCCUUCCCCGAGACCAAGAGGUGCUGAAGGCGGCACUGAACAUGUUUAUGAAGAAUUACCAAAGUAA